UUUUCCGAUUUUGCUUAAUUUCACGAUAUGGGUAAGCUCGAUUCUUCAUUAUUUAUUCUUUCAAUUGUUAAUGUUUCUAGAAAUCUUUCUACCCACGUUAAAUCUGUAAUUAAAAAUUGUCUGUCUGUAACUGGAGUGCGGAAUAAGAAUGAUAGUUUCUAUAACGUUGAUGAUGCUUUGGCUUUGUUUAAUCGGAUGAUUAACAAGCACCCUCAACCUUCAAUUGUGGAAUUUACUAAAUUAUUAGGAGCCAUUGUUAGAUUGAAACGUUAUGCCAUUGUUUUUUCUAUGUGUAGAGGGAUGGAAUCAGUGGGAAUCUCCCACGAUGAUUAUUCUUUGAGCAUCUUUAUAAAUUGCUUUUGUCGAUUAGGUCGAAUCGAUUUAGGGUUUUCCGUUUUUGGGAAAAUGUUGAAGUUAGUUGUUAAACCCAGUAUUGUAACUUUCUCCACUUCGAUUAAUGGACUUUGUAAUCAAAGUAAGAUUUCUCAGGCUGUUAGUUUGUUUGAUGAAAUGAUCGAACGAGGCAUUGAGCCUAAUGUUGUUACAUAUAAUACAUUGGUUGAUGCACAUUGCAAGAACGUGAUGAUUUCUAAAGCUGAGGAUAUUGUUGAGUCAAUGAUAAAGAGAGGCAUUGAGCCUAACGUUGUUAUUUAUAGUGCAUUAAUAGACGGUCAUUGCUUGCAACACAAUGUGGAUAAAGCUAGAAGAGUACUUCAAUUGAUGAUUGAGAAUGGUUGUUUGCCUGAUAUAUGUAGUUACAGCAUUAUGAUCAAAGGAUAUUGCAAAGCCAAAAUGUUGGACGAAGCUAUGGAACUCUUUCAUGAAAUAUCUCGAAAGGACCAAUUCCUAAUAGUGUCACAUUCACCACUCUUAUGCACGGUAUGUGUCAAUUAGGGAGAAGUUCAGCUGCGUGUGAACUUUCGAGGAAGAUGGUUGCUUUGGGACAAGUUCCGGAUAUAGUGACCUGUUCGAUCUCGCUGCAUAGUGUAUGCAAAAGAGGUAAACUUGAAGAGGCAUUGGAACUUUUUGAAGCAAUACGAAACAGUGGGUUGAAACUUGAUAAUUUCUCUUAUAAUAUCCUAAUGGAUUGCUUGCGCAAAGCUGGGCAGAUCAAAGUUGCAAAGGAAUUAUUUCACGAUCUCUUAGUCAAUGAUUUAAAGCGAAUGUUCACACAUAUGCUAUAUUGAUCAAUGGACUCUGUAAAGAAGGAUUGCCAGAUGAAGCAUAUCAGUGAUCUAGGAGCAUCAGAUAUAAUGAUUGCUUGCCUAAUAGCGACUGUUAUAACGGAACGAUCCAGGGGUUUCUUCGAAACAACUAUACCUCAAAGGCAACACAACUUCUUAAGGAAAUGGUCGGUAAGGGACUUUCUGCAGAUUUAUGCACUCCCACCUUAUAUGUGAAUCACAUCUUAAGA